UUUAUUCUCAUUCUGCAACUGUUUUGGUAAACAAACUAUAAAAAGCAGAACCUCAUAACAAUCUCUCUACAACACAAAACUUCAAACAUCAAUCAAAGCCUUAUACUCUCUUUCCAAAAAAGAAAAAAAAAAUCAAAUGGAAGACAUAUCAGUGAGCAAAAGCAACAAUGGAAAUGUUGUUGUACUCAACAUCCAAGCUCCUCCUGUUUCAAAAACUCCACUGCCUUCUUCUCCACCAUUGUUAUCUGUCCACUUCUUGCAAAAGCUUAUAGCAGAACUCGUGGGAACUUACUACUUGAUAUUUGCGGGUUGUGCCGCUAUUGCCGUGAACGCUCAACACAACCAUGUUGUGACUCUUGUGGGCAUUGCAGUGGUUUGGGGUCUAGUGGUGAUGAUUCUUGUUUACACUCUAGGCCACAUCUCUGCCCAUUUCAAUCCGGCUGUCACUAUCGCCUUGGCAUCUUGCAAGAGGUUCCCUCUGUAUCAACUCCCAGCGUACAUAACUGUUCAAGUCAUCGGAUCAACCUUGGCUUCUGCGACUCUGCGUCUUUUGUUUGACCUAAACAAUGACGUGUGCAGCAAGAAACACGAUGUCUUCCUCGGAUCAUCUCCUUCUGGGACUGACCUUCAAGGAUUCGUGAUGGAGUUCAUCAUCACCGGCUUCCUUAUGAUAGUUAUAUGUGCCGUCACAACCUCCAAGAGAACAACCAAGGAACUAGAGGGUUUAAUCAUUGGUGCAACCGUCACACUGAAUGUUAUCUUUGCAGGGUAA